AAGAUGCUGAAACAAGCAAGCAUCGUUCAUACUUUCUCAUGAAAGCACUUUUGCUUGUUUUAUGUGUGGUUGUUGCAGUCCAAUUUGCUGUGAUUGCAAGGAAUGUCGUGUCCUUGAAAGCUUUGAACAAUAAGUUUAACGCUCUGGAAGAAGAAAAGGUCCUUAAGUCGUUGGAAAGCGAGAAUCACGAAAGCAGAACAACGCGAAGCAAACGGGGAACAAAGAACACAGAUAUUAACAAGGCAUUGAUAAAACUAGAAAAGCUGGAAGGAAGGUAAAAGGAUCUCAGUUUAAUUAAAGAUAAAUCAACUUGUUUACAUACCAGGUGAGCUUGUUUCUCUAAGGGUUGCUGAAUUCGUAGCGUAAUCAACCUCGAGAGCGACUGUACUGAUUGAUAGGCUUAAUCAUUGAAAUGAUUGGAAGGUAUAAUAGUAUAACAAAAAGCUGGUAUAACUCAGAAAGUUGAACAUCUUUUGAGGUCGACAGUAAUGUUAACUACGAGGUUAUGUUGAAAAUGUGUUUGAUCAACACUGUUUUAAUUUAGUUUGAUCUUGCCUUAUGUCCUAUAUUUGCUUGCUAUAAAAAUUGAAGCCACCUCGUAAUGAUCAUGAUAUCAUUUCUUGUAUUCUUUAAUACAUAUACGAAUAAUGAAGGGCAUUAAAGGGUAUGGGCAAUGAAAAUUACUUCAUCUAUCUUAUUGCUUCAUCUGAAAGAGCAUGAAAAAAUAAGCCGAUUGGCCGUUUACUGCUCUAUUCUAUCUCAUCUGGUUCCGAAGUUGCUGAUUCAGCACAAUGUGUGACGUCAUAAGCUGGGUAAGUAUGUUUAUUGUAUAGUAAACUAAAGCAUAGCUGAGUUAUUAUUGGCUCAAAUCAAAUGAAAUUUUGCAUACAGAUAGUACAUGAUGAGACGCAUGGGAAAAUACUUCUAAUUUCGUUGUCAAGGCAACACAGUCUUUCCCAGGCCCCUUACACUGAUUUUGAAUAACUAGUUGCAUUUCUCUAUGUGUAUGUCAUUUUCGAAUUAUUAUCAUGCAAGUAAACUUUCGGCAUGCAUGAUAUUAUUUUAUUUUUAUCAGUACCUUGAAUAAAGCUGUUUUAUAAAAUUGGCGCAAGGGGCCUGGGAACGACAUUGUUACCUUGGCAACAAAAUUAGAAGUGUUUUUCCAUGCGUCUCAUCAUGUACAAUCAGUAUCCAAAAUUUCAUUUGAUUUGGGCCCAUAAUAACUGAUCUAUGCUUCAGUGUAGUAUUCAAUGAACAUACUUACCCAGCUAAUGACGUCACACGUUGUGCUGAAUCAGCAAUUUAUAUUUUGCACAUUUUAGCAAUUUUCAUUGCCCAUACCCUUUAAUGAUAUAGUUUUACAUUAAUUUCCUAUGUUUAGACUGAAUCAGUCGUAUCAAUAUGCGGGUCGUCAACCUGCAUUCCUUCUUCGAGGACCUCCAGGAAAGCCAGGAAGAGACGGCACUCCAGGUAGUCCUGAAAAAGCAGGAAGAGAUGGCACUCCAGGAAUUCAAGGCAAUCCAGGAAGUCCAGGGACUCCAGGUAGUUCAGGCAAAGCAGGAAAAGAUGGCACUGCCGGAAGUCCAGGAAGAAAUGGUAGAGAUGGAAGGGAUGGUUCACAGGGAGCCCAAGGUAUUUUAAUAUCCGAUGUUUAUAAAACUUGCAUUGGAGUUGUAGACUCGAUUCAUGUGACUUAAAGUCGCAAUUUUUGUUACUUGACUUUGAAAAAAUAUUUUUCUACAAUUUGCACCGGAAAUAAACCGAUGUACAGUGACUUGUGCAGCCAGACUGUCAUAUCACACUAUGAGUGAGAGUUUGUAUAAUGUCUAAUGUUAAUAUAUACUAAAAAUACAUGUAUGCAGCAACUCCUCGCCUAUAUUUUCCAAACAUUAAUUUAACACGGAGUAUUAGUAACUGGCCAACAUUGAAUAAAUCAAUCAUAAAACAUGGUCAUGCAUCUUGCGUCCGCGAUUAUUGAUAAACUUUAGACGCCGCUAAUGCUUUCCUUUUCCCGGGUGCAAACAGCCGAGAGAAUUAUUACCCUCGCUCCGGCCUUCGCCUGGACUCAUGCAUAAUUAUCAUGGGUGACUCCCCAGUUCAAUGUAAAAAGAACUGUACAAAAUGACUUGUGAGAUAAAUUACAACUCGGACUGAAUGACUUGUGACUUGACUUGGAUUUACAAAAUAAGACUUGUUAAAAACUCUGACUCACAUCAAGUAUUUGAUGAUUAAAAACAAUAGUGGUUGUCAUGGCAACGUUAAAAUAAUAUUGGAAAAUACUAAAAAAGAUCAACCAAUAGCUAUUUCCAAUUUACCCCGUUGUUCGAGUUCUGCGUAUAGGUAACUUUCCUAAAACCUGGCUUUUGGUUAGUUGGCAAAGAACACAAUACGCUCGUGACGGUGAAGGGCCAGAUUUAGGAAUAAACGGCGUUUAGAUGUAACAUAGAUAAUGAGUUAUAUUGUUGAUUCUAAUGAGUUUCCAAACCAUCUAUUCUAUUAACUAUGCCCAAGAAUAGCCGAGACAACUAUUAAAUUAUUAAAAACGCGAGGUUCGUCUUCGACAAAAUCGUGUUUAUGGCUUUCAAACUUUGCCAGUUCACGUUUGAUAGCUACGGGUUAAUAAACUACAUAGUUCUUUCCAGUUAAUUAACAUUGAAAAAAUAUAUCUGGAAAAAUAUAAUGUAAAACAGCAAUACACAACAAAAACACACCUUUGGAAAAUAAAAAACAAAACUUUUAGUUAGAGCUUGUACUCGCGCAUAACGUCCAUCACAUAAUGGAAGACAACUUUGCACUUUACAAUUGCCUUGCGAAUGAAAGAAUAUUCGACCUGUAUAAUCGGAAAAAAGAGAUAUAUUUCCAAAUGUCUUUAAUUAGCGUAGUUCAGAUUAUACUACAAAACUCAAGCCUAGAUUUUAAGCUAUAUGUAGUUCCGUAUUCCAAAUCACUUUCUGAAAAGGUUUUAUCAAAUGUUUGGCCAACAUGGAUCUGCGUUCGAUUUGAUCCACAUUUUGCGGCCACACCGGUUCAAAAUUCAAACCUUCUGCGUUCUGUUUAACAAUUUGAUCGACAUGACCUGUUUAACCGUAUUAAUCGCGCCCUAAAAUACAGUAUUACAGCGUUAAUCUAUUGCCAUAUUCAACGACACCAUAAAUAACGCAUAAUAGGAAAAAGUUAGGUUUGGUAAUUCAAACUGUCAGAGUGUAAAAACAAAAAAAUUGAGAAUAUCCUUCAUAAACCCAAUGUGCAUGCAAGCCUUGCACAUGUACUUAUAAGGUUCCUAUUUUUACGUUUCACCAGGUCAGCCAGGAGUUCCAGGUAAAAGUGGACCAACAGGGCCUCAAGGUCCCAAGGGAAUACAAGGUGAAUCCGGAAAAGUUGGAGUGACUUAUAUCCGGUGGGGGAAAAAGACCUGUCCAAAUACUGGAGCUACAUUGGUCUAUGAAGGUAACAAUAAAAUUGUUUGUAUCCUGUCACAGAGGGUGUUCUACCUAUAUGAUUGGAGAGGGGGAUAUAUAUAUAUAUAUAUAUAUAUAUAUAUAUAUAUGCUAAAUAUAAAUUUCAACUUUAGUAGAUCAAAACAUUAAUUUUAUAUUUUCAUCCACGUUUGAACGUGUGUGUCUGUGUGUUUGUCUGUCAGUACGAUAACUUAAAAAAUAUCAAACGUAUUAAGGUUACAGGACACCCUUUUUGGCGUUUUGCGGAAAACCUCUACUGCGCGCUCAAUAUCAGUCCGAUUUUCAUCAAAUUUUCACCAAAUGUUCUCCAGUGCAUGCAAAAUAUGGUAAAGUUGUAAAAUUAACAAACAAUAAAAUAAUGUAAGAAUUAUUCAGGAAUAUCUUAAAUCGCGGUACCGUUACGCUUUUGAGUUGUGCUCCUGCUGGUUUUAAGUUAUAUUUACGAAAAUAUCAUUUUUAUACAGUAAAAUAGUUGUUCUAAAAAAUUGUGUUCGGAAAUUUUUGUUUAUUUCGUCAUUCCGCUGAUAUGGCGAUUUCUUUGACGACUGCAAUAUAUUUCUGAAUUGUUUGAGUGAAUUGUUCUUUAUUUUUAAGAUAUCCAAAAUUAAAAAAAAGCCGAAGACAAUUUUGAAACCGAAGUCUUUAGCUAUGUCCUGUGAAAAUUUGAGAAAAAUUGGUUAAAACCCGCAGGAGCACAACUCGUUUGAAAAUCAGUAAUUACCGUAAAAUAUUUUGGGAGAAAAUUGAAUUUGAAUAUUACAUUUUCAAUGUUUUUCUUAUUGCAGCGAAAUGUAUUUUAUUAAAUAACUCUGCGAGUUUUCAAAAUUUUUCGUCCAAACUUGCUCAGAUAGUAGAACUAGUCUAAUGCUUUCAUGGAAACCAAUAAAAAAAAUUUAGGCAAAAUUAACACUCAAAGGUGUUCUGUAACCUUAAUAGUAAGACAAAUGGUGGGAUUAAUUUAAUUUGCAUUGUUCGUGAACAGAUUUUUUUAAAUUUCGAUAAAAUUGGAUGAGAAAUUAUCUUGUUUUGCCGGACAAGGUAAACUGAAUGCGUAAUUAGCCGAUUGUAUAAUUUAUGCAUGAUACAUAAUUUCAUUCGCUUGCGGAGGUACACACUACACAGUCUCCAAGUGCCCUUUAGUUUAGUAUUGUUUUAAAUAUGCUAGGUAUAGUGCAGAGGUAUCCAUGCCACCUUUAUAUUUUGACAAAGCAGUACUCAAUUAUUUGUUGGUUUUUAGGUUAUGUCGGAGGACCGCAUUAUUCUCACAAGGGUGGUGGUUCAAAUUACGUAUGUUUGACACGUGAUCCCAUUUAUGAAAAAUAUGAAUCUGGUUUUCAAAACUAUCGCUCACGAAUUUUUGGGGCAGAAUAUCAAACAUACUCUGCUGGCAUAUAUCCCAGCAGUCUGCACGACCACGAUGUUCCAUGUGCUGUGUGUCAUGUGACCAAUCGUGCUUCACAAAUGAUGAUACCAGGUCGUAACGUGUGUUCCACGGGAUGGACACGCGAGUAUAAAGGAUACCUAAUGGCGGAAGCUCAUAUAAAUGCCCAUCGUACAAUGUUGACGUGCAUGGAUAAAGCUCCUGAUUACACUCGAGGAACACACGCUAAUCACGAUGGCGCUUUGUUUUUUUUUGUCGAAGGAGUGUGUGGCUCACUUCCCUGCAAGCCUUAUAUCGCAGGGCGUGAACUGACAUGCGCAGUAUGCACUCGUUAAAUACGAACGCAUGUUUGUCUUCAGCAAUUACUGCAAAUCAGUUAUUGUCACAUAGACAGUUUGUAAUCAAAAGCAGCAUUUUGUCACACUUUUUAAAUUAAGCAAAUUAUCAUAUUGAUAAUAAUAUUGGUAAUAACAAUAAUGUAAUAAUAUAUAACAGAUUCAAUAACAAGCACACGCAGUCUCGCUUUAUGCAAGAUAAUAUGUGGACAAUUUAAUAACAAAAUAAUCUAUCACUGCUUUUUUAAAUCUAGAUUGUAACUCACAAUUGUAAACGUACUUAGUAUUAAAGUCAGAAGAGCUUUCUUAUAAUUUGGUGUAUACGUGGGUUGUUUACCAUUUACAUGUAAAACCCAUCCGGUUUGAAAUUGUGCUAAUGGUAAGCAAAACUUCGGAUAGAAAAUCCCAUUCGGAUUAUUCGCUUUCCAUUUAAUAAUUUCAAUUGUUAAAUCGCGAAGAGCCUGGAACUGGUGAAAAAAUUUUAAAAAUGUAAAUGGAACAACAUUUACCGGUUGAAACUUUCCAAUCGGUAAGAGAGGACAACCUUUUCAAACAAACCGUUUAUUCUGGAAAAGUUCCGGUUGG